UGAUCGGAGGUGUGUCCAUUGUGCCAUCCAGUGGUAGUCUUCGACACCAGCCCGGUCACUGGGGCGGUCCUCCCCUCCGUCACUGCUAUAAAUGACCGAAGAUGGGGAGGGUGCUUCUUCCCCGCUGCUCUCUUCUUCCUGAGAACGUUGUCUUUGUCUUUGAAUGACCAUCCGCGAUGUCUACUGCGCUCGUCCGCGCCGUUGAGCUUGCGUUCCCGGACCCGACGAUCAAGAAUGUGUUCUCGGCGUAUCUGAAGGAGGCGGGCUUCGAUGCGUUCCGCUUGCCGUUUGGCGAUGGGAAGGCCGCGUCGAAGGACAAGGCUGUCACCGAAACGACGACCGAGGUGACGGAGACCGCGCACGACGCGCGCGAGAAGGGCUUCGAGGGCUCGUGGCAGAGCGAUGCGGUCGCGGCGUUCGAGCGCGCGAUGGACAAGCACCCGAAUGACGAUAGGGAGAUUACUGGGAUCAUACGCCAGCUGCGCGUCAAGUACUGGGAGGAGAAGCCGAAGGACGUGUAUGUGCGCUGCAGGGUGUGCUCGUGCUGUGGCCGGCUGCGUCCCGUCCAUGAACUCGAAGCACGAGAAGCGCGCGCGGCUGUCGAAGGGAAGGAGAACGACCAACAUGAGAUGGACGGGCAUGAUGAGGCGGCCCUUGCGCCAGUGAAGCCCAAGAAAGCAACCUCGAAGCCGAAAAGGAAGAAACGUCGCGUCCGCCGCCCUUGCGACCCUUGCUGCAGCUCGUGGCCGCAUGCUGGAUGAUCAUGCCUUGUGAAGAAGUACUGUACCAUUUGUAUCAUAGUUCUCGGAGUCGAGUGAUCAGGCGAAGCAUUGCCACCC